AUUCAGUGUAUCUGAGCGGUCAGUGUUUGAUUCAGUGUCGCUCGAGUCGCGUCAGUGCAGACACGUUGCCGGGGUGUUACUGCAAUAUCGAAACUCGGUACCGUUCCGCGUUUCGAAUGGUUUAGUGCUGAAAAGAAGUGAAGGAUAAAGGUGUACUAGUGUGUGGUUAUGUGGCGGCGAGUGAUAUGACAGCGUGCGCCGCCAGACGGAUACCGGCCGUCUUCAUGAGGAUACUGGUGACAAGUCUGGCCCCGAGAUCAUGGUGGCUCCCGAUUCCGAGGCUCCUUCGAAUCCUCGGAUAGCUGCCGCUACACACGAGAGCCCUUCCGCCGCCGAGGCGCGCCACAGCGCCGAUCUUUACAUUAGAACCAGCUGGGUGGAUGCAGCAUUAGCACUCUCCGAGCUUGAAAAGGGCAACAUCGAAGGUGGGCGCACGUCACUGUGGAUAAGAGCGUGGCUGCAGGAACAGCUGUUCAUCCUCGGCUGCUUUCUCCAAGGCGACGCUGGGAAGGUCCUUUUCGUCGCCAUCCUCGUGUUGUCCACGUUCUGUGUGGGCCUCAAGUCCGCACAGAUACACUCCAGGGUCGAUCAACUCUGGGUACAAGAGGGUGGGAGACUGGAGGCCGAGCUGAAGUACACAGCGAAGGCGUUAGGCGAAGCGGACUCCUCAACGCACCAGCUAAUCAUACAGACUGCGAAAGACCCCGACGUCUCGCUGCUGCACGUCGGCGCCUUGCUUGCACACCUAAAGGUUGUACAGGCAGCGACGCGGGUCACAAUUCACAUGUACGACAUCGAGUGGCGGCUGAAAGACCUGUGCUACAGCCCCAGCAUCCCGGAUUUCGAGGCUUACCAUAUAGAGAAGAUAUUCGACAACAUCGUACCCUGCGCCAUCAUCACGCCGCUAGACUGCUUCUGGGAAGGCUCAAAGCUAUUAGGACCAGAAUAUCCUAUUAUAGUUCCAGGUUUGCAGCAAAGAUUGACAUGGACGCACUUAAACCCCUUAGAAGUAUUGGAAGAAGUGAGAAAGUUGAAAUUCCAGUUUCCUUUGAGCACGAUGGAGGCUUACAUGAAGCGGGCCGGCAUCACGUCCGGCUACAUGAAGAAGCCCUGCCUCGACCCCACCGACGCUCAUUGCCCCAACACCGCGCCCAACAAGAAAUCCGGACAUGUACCAGACGUGGCCGCAGAGCUAUCCCACGGUUGUUACGGGUUCGCGGCUGCGUAUAUGCAUUGGCCGGAACAACUAAUAGUGGGAGGAGCUACACGCAACACGACGAGCGCUUUACGCAGCGCCCGCGCACUGCAGAGUGUGGUGCAGCUGAUGGGAGAACGAGAGAUGUUCGAGUAUUGGACAGAUCACUACAAGGUUCAUCAUAUCGGCUGGACGCAAGAGAAAGCGGCUGCUGUCUUAGAUGCCUGGCAGAGGAAGUUUGCUGCCGAAGUAAGAAAAAUGACAGCAACAGAAUCGGUGUCUCCGGCUUACAGUUUCUAUCCGUUCUCCACAUCCACUCUUAAUGACAUUCUGGGAAAAUUCUCCGAGCUUUCACUCAAGAACAUCAUAUUGGGAUAUAUGUUUAUGCUUAUAUACGUGGCGGUGACGCUGAUGCAGUGGCGCGACCCUAUCCGCUCGCAGGCGGGCGUGGGCAUAGCGGGCGUGCUCUUGUUGUCUAUUACUGUUGCCGCGGGAUUAGGUUUUUGUGCUUUAUUAGGUAUACCAUUCAACGCAUCAAGUACUCAGAUAGUGCCGUUCCUAGCGCUGGGGUUGGGCGUGCAGGACAUGUUCCUUCUCACUCAUACGUACGUGGAGCAAGCGGGAGACGUGCCGCGGGAGGAGCGCACCGGCCUCGUGCUCAAGAAGUCUGGUCUUAGCGUCCUGUUAGCGUCCCUUUGCAAUGUGAUGGCGUUCUUAGCGGCCGCUUUGCUUCCUAUACCGGCUUUGAGAGUCUUCUGUUUACAGGCUGCAAUCCUGCUCAUGUUCAACCUGGCUUCAAUGCUGCUGGUGUUCCCCGCCAUGAUAUCGCUGGACCUGCGGCGGCGCUCGGCCGCGCGCGCUGACCUGCUGUGCUGCCUCAUGCCGGAGUCCCCCGUCAGAACUAGGAAACUUCCAGAACGUUCCACACGCACCGGAAAGAAUGACAAGGAUAACUGGAAGGAUACAACUCGACAGCCUUUGGACCCCGAGGUGUCAGGAGAUGAGGCUAAGACUUGCUGCAUCAGUCUAUCUCUUACGAAAUGGGCUAAAAAAUACUAUGCCCCUUUCAUCAUGCGGCCUUCUGUAAAGGUGACCUCAAUGCUGGCGUUAAUAGCAGUAAUAUUAGCAAGUCUAUGGGGAGCAACUAAGGUUAAAGACGGUCUAGACCUCACAGAUAUAGUCCCAGAAAAUACAGACGAACACGAAUUCCUAUCGCGUCAAGAGAAAUAUUUCGGCUUUUACAACAUGUAUGCAGUCACACAAGGAGACUUCGAAUAUCCAACCAAUCAGAAAUUACUAUACGAAUACCACGACCAAUUUGUACGGAUCCCUAAUAUUAUAAAAAACGACAACGGUGGUCUUACAAAAUUCUGGCUAAGUUUAUUCCGGGAUUGGUUAUUAGAUCUACAAGCGGCAUUCGAUAAGGAUGUCGCAAGUGGUUGUAUAACACAAGAAUAUUGGUGUAAAAAUGCAAGCGACGAAGGAAUAUUAGCUUACAAAUUGAUGGUACAAACCGGACAUGUUGACAACCCUAUCGAUAAAUCUCUUAUAAGCACAGAUACUAAAAAUGGUCACAGACUAGUCGAUAAAGAUGGUAUAAUAAAUCCUAAAGCAUUUUACAAUUAUUUAUCAGCUUGGGCUACUAAUGAUGCGUUAGCUUACGGCGCUGCUCAAGCAAAUUUGAAACCACAACCGAAGAGAUGGACACAUUUUCCUUCUGACGUAGAUUUGAAAAUACCGAAAUCAUCGCCGUUGAUUUACACACAGUUACCGUUUUAUCUAUCAGGCCUCAGUGAUACGGAUAGCAUAAAAACGUUGAUAAUGUCUGUGAGAGAGCUUUGUUUGAAGUUUGAGGCGAAGGGCUUGUCUAACUUCCCUUCGGGGAUACCAUUCCUGUUUUGGGAGCAGUACCUUUAUUUACGGACGUCACUGCUUCUGGCAUUGGCUUGCGCAUUGGCUGCUGUGUUUGUGGUGGUAAUGGUGCUGUUAUUGAACGCGUGUGCGGCGCUGCUGGUGACGCUGUCGCUGGCGACGCUGGUGCUGCAGCUGCUGGGCGUGAUGGCGGCGCUGGGUGUGAAGCUGUCCGCCGUGCCCGCCGUGCUGCUCGUGCUGGCCAUCGGCCGCGGCGUGCACUUCACUCUGCAUCUCUGCCUCGGCUUCGUAACAUCGAUCGGCUGCAGACGUCGCCGCGCGGCGCUCGCACUGGAGUCGGUGCUGGCGCCAGUGGUGCACGGCGCGCUGGCCGCUGCCCUCGCCGCCUCAAUGCUGGCCACCAGCGAGUUCGGAUUCGUCGCCAGGCUGUUCCUGCGGCUGUUGCUGGCUCUAGUUAUACUGGGCUUGGUGGACGGACUGUUGUUCUUCCCCAUUGUACUAUCGAUACUGGGACCCGCUGCUGAGGUACGUCCACUAGAACAUCCGGAGCGACUAUCAACUCCAUCACCGAAGUCAUCACCGGUUCACCAGCGUAAGACGAGCUCCGGCGACAAGGCCGGCCGCACCAAGUCGGCGCCACGGCCGAGCGCGCCCUCCCUCACCACCAUCACGGAGGAGCCGCCCAGCUGGCACAGCUCCGCGCCCUCCGUGCAGUCCUCCAUGCAGUCCAUAGUCGUCCAGCCCGAGGUGGUGGUGGAGACCACCACUUACAACGGCAGCGACUCCGCUUCCGGACGGUCUACUCCCACUUCGAAGACCACGCAUUCAGGAGCUAUUACUACUAAGGUGACUGCGACAGCAAAUAUAAAAGUAGAAGUAGUGACGCCUAGUGACAGAAAGUCGAGGCGAUCGUAUCAUUACUACGACCGGCGCAGGGACCGCGACGACGACCGCGACAGAGACAGGGAUAGAGACCGCGACAGGAACAGAGAUAGAGACGACCGCGAGCGGGACAGAGACAGAGAGAGGUCUAGAGAAAGAGAUAGAAGAGACCGGUACAGAGACGAAAGGGAGCAUCGCGCGUCCCCGCGAGAAAACGGACGAGAUUCGGGCCACGAAAGUGAUUCCUCUCGUCAUUAAAGUUUUAUGAACAAAGUGAUUAAAGUAAACAUUAGUGUUAACAGUUCGUGUAUUUAAUACGGCGAAUAAUGACAUCUUUACCUAAAGUUAUGAUGAUAAAUCUCUUUGUAAUUGAGGUUAGUGUACGGCAUGUUUUAAGGUUCAGCAAUAUUGUUUAAAUUUAACCCAGCCUUAAGACAGUAUUAUGAGGAAUGUAAUUUUAGGUUAACUCCAUAUGCUAGUGAGGGAGGCUACAACGUACAUUAUCGAUAUAUCGACGUUUACCGAUAUCAUUCCAAGACAACUUAUUGUUGUUACUGUACAGACCAAAUAACGAUUCGUGUUGAUGUUAAAUAACGUUUAUUGUGUGUUCCUAUUUAAAGACAAUUCUAUUUUGUCUCCAUACAUUUUACAUUUGUGUGUUUCAAGACUGUGGUCGAAUAUUAAUUUAUCAUAUUUAUUAUUUGUGUCUAUAUUUCGCCACUUUCAGGAAGACUCGAAUGUAUUGUACAAAUUUAUUUAGUUAAGUUUUAAAAAUUAAGGCAUUUAUUUAUGAGAUUAAUUAGUAUACGUAUAUUCUUGUAUUGUUGUGAUUUUUUUUAGAUAAGAUCAGGUAUAUAAGACUGCAUUUAGCGAUCAAAAUAUGAAGGAAACAGUGAACAAAGUACAAUUUAGCGAAUUAAUUGAUUUUUGUCAGAUGAAUUGACGCAAGGAUCUGAAUUAUUUGACGUAACUCUGACCUCAGUAAAUGAUUGACGAGCGUUGUGACAUUUUGUGCAAAGUACUUAUUUAGGAUAUAUUAAUUUAUACGUUUAUUACUUAAUUGUAUUGUAAAUAUAGUCUAAUGUUACUGAGCGAAUGCGCUGAAUAAAAUUAUUAAUGGUAAAUGCACAAAUCACGCACAAUUAAUUUUUAAUCCAUAACAAAUUGUUUAACAGUUU